AUGAUUUAUUCACUUUAUAUAAUCAGCAAAGCAGGUGGUCUUAUGUAUCAAAAAGAUUUUAAUGAAGGGCUAGCUCAUUUAACUGCUAAUGAAUAUUUGGUUUUAGCUGGUACUUUUCACGGAAAUUCAACUUCUUCUGGAUUAGAAGUUUUGGAAGCAGAUUCUUUUAAAUUGUAUUGCUUUCAAACGUUAACAGGCGGACGUACUUACGAUGUUUAUAGUGAUUAUGUUAUGAAAAAUCCUUUUUAUACACCAGAGAUGCCAAUUCGUAGUGAAUUAUUUGAUGUAAAUAUAGCCAAAUUGAUUAAGCAAGUUGGGAGUUAG